UCCGUGCUGAUUGUACUGAGAUUGUGACAGCCGGUUAAAUGGCGUCCCUUGAGAAGGCAAACACAAGAUGUAUGUCAGGAGAAGUCCAGUAUUGUCAUAAUGAGUAUACUUGGAAUGUGGAGGGAAAAUGAGAGGCAGAUGAGGUUUGAGAGAGAGGAAGAGGGGGAGCUCGAGCCGUUAAAAUUGCGGGGGAAAUGGUUUGUUAAAGAAGAAUGGUAGAAAGUAUAAGCAGAGUGAGCUGAAGACAAGAGGAUAAAUGGAAGUGAAUGAGGUCGUAGUAUCGGAGGUGGUAGGUGUGGUGAUGUUCUCGGAGCCCGAGGCUUGCACCGAGGGUCAGGAUAAAGAUGAGUCCGUGACCGUAGGAGUGAAGUUUUGGGAAAAAGUGGACCCUUGCCUUUUGGCGGAUCCAUUUGGUUUCUGCUGGUCAGAGGGAGAAGGCGCUCCAAUCUUGUUGGCAAGAAAUGUGAAUUGUUUUGCUCCCAAGAAAAGGGGGCAAUUGAAAGGAGUGAUUACUGGGGUAGCAUUAAAUGUAAAAGUUGAUCAACUGAAGGGGAAGUUUCCCAGUGUUUGAUGCUCGUCGUUUGGUACAACGCAAACAGGGUGGCAUGAGUGGUGAAACAGAAGUCACUGUCUGUUCUUUUGAGUUUUGAUGUCUUUUCCCGACAAAGUUAUGUUAGUAUAUAUAAGUUGUCCUGUACAAGCUUUUGUGCUAAAUACAUUACGUUGUUACAGGUGUCAAGCUUAUGGGCAUGUGGCAGCAGUGUGUAGGAGGGAGGGUCCAAGGUGUGCAGAAGGGUAUGAGACAAAGGAAUGUUUAGCAUUGGGAAAAGUAGUGGUAUAUGUUAAUUGUAUGGGUGCCCAUGGGGCUGGGGCUCAGAAAUAUCCUGUGUGAGAGAGGCAGGUUGAGGUUUCCAUGGUUAGAGUAGUGCAGAAGUCAUAUGCUGAGGCAGUGAAGAAAGUAGAGGAAGAUGGGUCAAGAGGGAGGGAUCCUGAGAGGAGUGGUGUGCAGUAGAUCUGUACCAGUACAGAGGGAUCGGCCAACAAGUGAUAUAUGUUUCAGUAAGAUUGUAUUUUUAGCAUUCAUAGCAAUGAUUAUGAACUGUACUGCAGGGAUGGAACGUUAAGUCUCAGAAAAUUGAGGAUGUGGUGGCAGCUGCAGAGAGGUAUUUGGGUGUGUCAGACUUGACAUCAGAAGAGUUACAGGUUGUGUUAAGUGGUGGUGUCCCAUCCUUUCAAGUUGUUGACAUGAGGUAGGACUAAAUAGAUUAAAAUAGUGGGGUAGGGUGAUGGUUUUAUUUAAUUGAUAUUUACAUUUUCUAUUAUUUUUUUCUCCAAUUUUAUUUAAAAAUACAUUUGUUUUUGGGUGUAGUGGUAGGGUCUUUUAUUUUGUUUUACAUUUGUGGUGGUAGGUAGUCUAGUGGUUAGAUUGUUGAGCCAGUAACCGAAAGGUUGCUGGAUUGAAUCCUCGAGCUGACAAGGUAAAAUAAUGUCGUUCUGCCCCUGAACAAGGCAGUUAACCCACUGUUCCCCGGUAGGCCGUCAAUGUUAAUAAGAAUUUGAUCUUAACUGACUUGCCUAGUUAAAUAAAGGUUAAUAAUGUAAGGUCAAGGGGGUUGUACUCCAGUAUAGUAGCGGUAAUGCAACAUCUAGUGGAUGCCAAACGCCGUUAAACCUCAUCGAAGAAGAAAAAUAAGCGUUUGAAAUUGAUCUGAGCUCCCAAUUCGUCAUUUGGCUAGUGCUGUCUGGAUCGGAGAUUGAUUAAUUUUGUCUGACGCAAGCAGGGGACUCAGGAAAUAUUUCAAACUCGAUUCGAUUGUAGCGAUUUUCUAAGGUAAAACAAACGUCAGUCGGUCGAUAAGCUACAGAAAAGUAAAUAUGUCGCGGUUAUUUUACUCGCCAUUCAAUCGUUUUUGUGUCAAGUGUAAAGAUUGUCCUGCAGUGACCGCGCGCUGCUAUUCCUCUUUGUUGACUCCAAUUCGGUGCCCCCAGCUGUCAAAACAACAUACCUUUGUCGUGUUACAACAGCAGCAGAGAAAAUGUUUCGGACCUUCACGCCAAACUUCUCGGUUUUACUCAAGGUCAAAGUUUUGGAUUGGGGGAAUAGGUGCGGGCAUUGUUUUAGCUUUGGGAUUGAAAUAUCACACUGACAUAGCUGAGCUCUCAUGUGAAGAGGACUUCCAACAUACUGGAAGAUAUGGUGCUGCCAUUCAAGUUAGCAGAGACCUUGUUCAGCGGAUAAAGGAUGAGGUUGGGGCUCCAGGGCUGGUGGUCGGUGUGUCUGUGGAUGGCUCUCAAGUCUGGUGCGAAGGACUUGGCUAUGCUGACUUAGAGAACCGUGUGCCCUGUGGACCAGAGACAGUGCUGAGGAUCGCCAGCAUCAGUAAACCCCUAACUACAGCAGCAGCAGCCCGCCUGUGGGAGGAGGGGAAGCUUGACCUCGAUGCCCCUGUCCAGAAAUACGUCCCUGAGUUCCCCCAAAAACAGUUUGAGGGAGAAGAUGUGACAAUAACUCCACGGUUGAUUCUCUCUCAUCUGAGUGGCAUACGGCACUACGAGAAGGAUGCCAAGAAAGUGAGGGAGGACAAGGAGAAGGCCAAACGACCUUUAAAACUGCCUGGUGAAGAGGAAAAGAGCUUGUCUGAAAACAAACCCAAGACCGAGGACAGCAGCACCAAGAGCAAGGAAAACAAACAGGCUCAGAAGAAAAAAGAGUUUGAGCAAGAAGAGUACUACCUGAAAGACAGCUUUGAAAGUGUCAUUCAUGCCUUGGACCUGUUCAAAGACGACACUCUCGUUUUCAAACCUGGCACCACCUUCCUGUACUCAACCCACGCCUUCACCCUCCUCAGUGCUGUGGUGGAGAGAGCUGCUGGCCAGCACUUCCUGGAUCACAUGAUGAAGAUGUUCAGGGAACUGGGCAUGCUCAACACUGUGCCAGAUGAGAAUGACCCCAUUAUCUAUAACCGCUCAAGGUUUUAUCAUUUCAAUAAGAAAGGACGCAUAGUAAACUGCCCUUACGUGGAUAACUCUUAUAAAUGGGCAGGAGGUGGCUUUCUCUCUACUGUGGGAGACCUGCUCCUGUUUGGGAAUGCUCUGCUCUUCAGCUACCAAGUGGCCAACCUGAAGGACUGCACAGACCUCCUGCCUGGCUUCCUCAAACCAGAGACAGCCCAGGCUCUGUGGGCCCCUGUGGACAAGACAGAGGCCUCCUGGGAUAAGGAUGGGCUGUAUGCACAGGGCUGGCUGGUGGUGGAGAAGGAGCAGAAGUAUGGUCAGUGCAGGAGGCGCAGGCAUUAUGUCUCACACACAGGGGGCGCCGUGGGGGCCAGCAGUGUCCUGCUGGUUUUGCCCCGCAAGACAGUCCAGCAUCCAGAAGGACUGACUACAGCCCUACCUCAGGGAAUAGUGGUGACCAUCAUCACUAACAUGCAGUCUGUGGGACUCAACAGCACAGCAUUGAAAAUCGCCCACGAGUUUGACAAAGCCAGAGGCUAAUAAGAGUUCAUAUUCUUUACAAAUAUAGAGGGUUAAAACUACCGCAAAGUGUCAAGGCACUACAAUAUCUUUACUAAUGGCAGUGGAUGAAUGAUUUAUCAGCAGCACUCUUUUGUAUAUUUGAAUUUGAUACUGCUUUUUAUACAUUUCAGCCCGUUUUGUUGAGUAAUAAAAGACCAUGUUCGACAUGGGUGUGCAUUGAAUAUUAA